UGCAAAGAUUCCACGAUGCACCCUAGAAAACCGUACAGACGCCAAGUCCCCCCAGGGCAGUGAAGAACAGGUGUAGGCUUUAUCUGCAAUGGGAAUAGGAAUCCCAGACUUCACCGAGCACUCGGGGUUUAUAGAUCGGAGAAAGUUAUUUCCGUUCCAAAGUUGCCCAUGAACAUUUUACUUGCGUGGGCAGUGAGAUUUCUCAUAGGCAAGCGAUUGCUUCAUAUAAAACAUGGGAGGGGUGCCCGGUUGGAUUAUCUCUGGUAAUUCUAUAUAAUGGGUUUGGUUUAUGGGCUUGGCCCAGAGCAGUGCACAGAUAUCAUCCACCUUGCUCUGUUAGUAUGUAAGAUUUUCGCCACUGGAAUCCUACCUUCACCAUGCUGUCCCGGAAAGGGAGUAUUACUGGCAGAAAGUGGAUUGUUAUCUUCGUCUCUGGUUUCAUCCUUUUUUUCUCCUUAACUUGGUUUUGGUCACAUGGCAGCACUGCGUGCAAUCCAUUUACUGAACACGCCAGCGGGACACGCUGCAGCAAAAAAAUAGUCAGUGAUGUAUCCUCUUACAGUUACAGAAUUGUGUACGACCAGCCCAAUCUCCUCAGCCCACCGAAAACCAGUUUCACCACAUUAACCCCUUGGCUAGCUCCAAUAAUUUUUGAAGGCACCUACAACCUCAAUAUUCUGAAUGCACUGUUCCACCAGAGAGGAGUCCGAAUCGGUCUUACGGUGUUUGCUGUCAGAAAAUACAACAUUUUUGUCAAGACUUUAAUCGAAACUGCCGAACAGUUUUUCAUGGCAGGACACAAGGUCAGUUAUUACGUAUUUACCGACGAUAUCGACGCCAUCCCCAAAGUCCCGCUGAAGGAGGGGAGGAGCUUGUUGAUCAUAAAAAUCCCCGGCUACAAACGCUGGCAGGACAUCACCAUGAGGCGGAUGCAGCUGAUCCGGGACUAUAUUUCUCAAAGACUCAUCAAUGAGGUUGACUACCUGGCUUGUUUGGACGCCGACAUGAAGUUCACGGAUGACGUCGGGGUGGAGAUAUUAAGCGAUUUGUUUGGAGUCAUACAUCACGGCUACUUUGGGAAACCGCGUGAAGAAUUCACCUAUGAGCGUAGGAAUAAUUCCGAAGCCUACAUUCCUGUAGACGAGGGGGACUUUUACUACACGGGAUGUUUCUUCGGAGGUUCUGUAGUAGAGGUCUACAGACUGACCAAUUUCUGCCACAAUGUUAUGCUGGCAGACAAGGCGAGAAAUAUCGAGGCUUUAUGGCACGACGAAAGCUAUUUGAACAAAUAUUUCCUUCAUCACAAGCCGACCAAACUGCUCUCCCCUGAGUACGCAUGGAAUGACUAUGGCCCGGGCCAUCUUGCAAAAAAGAGAAGAAUCGUUCAUGUCCCAAAAGAUUAUAAUGUCAUCCGAGACUGAGCAACAGCGGAGCCCGUAAAGACAAACGACCCCAGACGCAAUUUUUAUCUCUUUUAUUCAGAUCUGAACUUUGUUGUACAGAACUGGGGAAGUAAAUAUGAAUAUCAACUCUCUUAAAGAAGAAUAUACCAGUGAUUUAUACUGCUCCUAAAUAUUGAAGGAUUGAGCUUAAAAA